AUGAACAACGUAGAUACAAUAAAAUUCAGAAAGGAAAGGGGGAAUGUGACAAAGAGACAACAACCCGACCAUAGUGCAGACAAUAGCCGAAGGCCAUCAAUGGGUCUUCAAUGUAGCGAGAAACUCCGUACAAAGAACAGUAAAGCAAUAACAGUGAAUGGAAAAGAACUAGAACAAGUAAACUCAUUUAAUUAUCUUGGUAGUAGAGUAAAUGCAGAAGGAAAUAUUGAAGAAGAAGUUAACAUCCGUAUUGGCAAAGCAGCUUCUGCAUUCAAAAACCUGAAUAACAUAUGGAAAAACAACAAAAUAUCCAGAAAGACAAAGAUCAGAUUGUAUGUGAGCAAUGUAAGAUCAGUUCUGUUGUACGGUUCAGAAACAUGGAAAACAACCAAAAAAGUAGAAAGUCGAAUUAGAGGAUUCGAAGGACGCUGUUUGAGACGAAUAAUUAACAUCAGAUGGCCAAGUGUAAUUUCAAACAGUGAACUAUCAGAAAGAACAGGUGUGAAGAAUAUAGUGAAUGAGAUCAUGAGAAGGCGGUGGAAAUAUAUUGGACAUAUACUGCGAAUGGAUAACAACCGGCAUGUGAAAAAGGUAUUGACAUGGACACCGCAAGGGAAAAGAAAGCCUGGAAGACCGAAAGGCACAUGGAGGAGAGAUAUAGCAGCAGAGAUAAAAAGACAUGGAUACACCUGGAAACAAAUAGAAAGAAUCGCGAAAGAUAGAACAAGUUUGAGGUCCCUUGUUGAUGCCUUAUGUGUUCAAGAACAUGAAGAGGAUUAA